AUGAGGAAAAAUAUAGAAAAUCAAUACUAUUUCUGGCCCUUCCUCCUCACCUUCUUGGCCAUCGUGCUCGCAACAUGGGUUCGCCGGAGGAACAAUAGGUUGCCGCCGGGUCCAUGGAAGCUGCCGAUAAUAGGAAACCUCCACCAGCUGGCAGGCACCAACACCCACCUCCCGCUGCACCAACGGCUGUGGGAGAUGUCCAAGAAAUACGGCGUCGUGAUGGAGCUCCAGCUAGGCGAAAUCCGCAACAUCUUCAUCUCCUCGGCGGAGGCCGCCGAGCAGGUGAUGAAGAAGCACGACGUCAUUUUCUCCUCCAGGUCCACCACCCUGGGCACCGACAUCCUCUUCUACGGCGGGCAGGACAUGUUCUUCUCCCCCUACGGUGACUACUGGCGCCAGCUCCGCAAGCUCUGCACCAUGGAGCUGCUCACCUUCAAGCGCGUCCUCUCCUUCUGCUCCAUUAGGGCUGAAGAAGUGUCUAAUGUGGUUGCCACUAUUUCUCGCUCUGUCGCUAGCGGCGAAGCUGUGGAUUUGAAGCAAUUGCUGCUUGUGCUGACCAAUACCAUGACUUCUAGGGCAGCUCUUGGUAAGGCUCCCAAGGUGAUGACUGAGAGGUUCGUGGAGGUUGCAGAGGAAAUGGUGGGGUCUCUUGGAGGUUUCAGGAUAUCAGAUCUAUUUCCUUCCUGGAAAUUUCUUGCCGUUGUUAGUGGGUUUCGAUCAAAGCUCAUAAAACUCCGUGGGGAGGCCGAUCUGGUACUGGACGAGAUAAUCAACCAGCACAUUACAAAUACCUUUUCUGAAGAUGAAACUGAGGACCUUGUAGAUGUUCUUCUCAAGCUCAAGAAAAGUAACGAUCUCGGUGUUUCGUUAACCAUGGAAGCACUCAAAGGUGUCCUACUGGGCUCCAACAUUGUGCAAAACAUGUUUCUUGGUGGGACUGACACAACAACAACAGAGAUAGAGUGGACCAUGUCGGAAAUAAUGAAAAAUCCAGGUGUCAUGCAAAGAGUGCAAAAAGAAGCAAGAGGCGUUUUUCAGGAAAAUGUCAAUGAAGAAAAACUCCACGAGUUGGAGUACCUAAAUGCAGUUAUCAAAGAAACUUUUCGAUUGCACCCUCCUGCUCCGAUACUUAUCCCGAAAGAAACUCCAGAGAAGGUGGAGAUUAAUGGGUUCGAGAUCCCCAUAAAAAGCCGAGUCAUGGUCAAUGUUUGGGCUAUAGGAAGAGAUCCUACCUAUUGGGUCGAGCCCGAAAAGUUUGAUCCAGAAAGAUUUCUAAACUCUACGAUCGAUUACAAAGGAGCAAAUUUCGAGUAUAUACCUUUUGGAGCAGGAAGGAGAAUGUGCCCUGGCAUGAACUUUGGAAUGGUUGUUGUUCAAUUCGUGCUAGCAAGUAUGCUUUUCCAUUUUGAUUGGAAACUGACAGAUGGAAUGAAACUCAAAGAUUUUGACAUGACAGAGGUCUAUGAUACUACGCUCAGGAAGAAGGAAAAGUUGCGUCUGGUUCCUAUGGCACCUAGGAGGCCAUGA